GAACGAGGCUGUUGUGAACUUCCUGUUUCCUAGUACGAUGCGCAUCCAGUAUCCUGUAAUUUAUAUUAAAUGACAUUGAACCUAUCAGUAUUGCUGCUCUUGAUUUAGGACAAGAACAAGAAUCUCAGGAAGAAAAGAACGCCUCCAAAAGGAGGAUGUCUAAAGUUUUGAAAAAGAGAAAUGAUAGAAGGCGCACUAAGAAAAAAGAAUUGCGUUGCUCUCGACAAAUUCAAGAUGAAGUGGCAGAAGUUCAGUCCAGCAUUGGAGACCUUGUAUUGGCAGCUGAGUUAAUGGAAAAAGUGAGUGAAGAAACACGCCGAGGUCUUGGAGAGAUUAGUAAAUGUAUAACACAUGACCAUGGAGAUUACUGUGUGCCGGAUGACCCUACAGUUUUGAAACAAAUGGUGAAGGAGUUAAAGAAAACCUCAUACCAUCAGAACCAGCUCCUCCUUUCACUGCAUGAAUCAUUGGACGAUAAAGAGAAGCAAUGUCAAGAACUACAGGAGAAGCUGGAAAAUGAUCGGUGGAUGUUGAUAGCUAACAUGGGCCAACAAAUUUCUCAACUGGAAUCAGAAAUUAGGAAUUUACACUGCGAAAAGGAAAUAUUGGAAAAGAAAAAUAAAGAUCUACAAGAACAAUUGGCCAAAAGUUCUGGGACAGUUCUUUAUUUAGGUCAGCAAGUAAAGGAUCAGGAAAGCCAAAGAGAAGAAAUCCGUUUCUGCAUGAACAGCAUAAAAAAUGAAAACAAGUGGGUCCGUUUCUAUACAGGUUUUGAUGGUUAUGAGCAUCUCAACGAUUUUCUUGGCUUUCUCACUGCUGACCCAAAACUAUGUACUGGCAAAAUUCGGAAAAGAACAGAGGUAGGACCUCAAAGUGCCCUGAACUUAGAGGAUCAACUACUUUUGGUUCUUACUCGAUUACGCCUUGGCUUAUUGCUUCAAGAUCUAGCCUUUCGAUUCAGAGUGUCAGAAUCCACAGUUUCUCGGUACUGGUUAAACUGGACAGAGCUUUUACAUGCACGACUUACACAGAUUCCAAUUCUGUACAGCUCGAGAUACCUUGACCCUUUCGAACCAAAAAGAAAUAUACAACAUCAAGGCCUGAACUGUACAAUUCUGGAGUGCACAGAUCUUUUUUUUGAAGUCCAAGCAAAGGAUCGUGUUAAAGCAGCUUCUACACACCCAUGCAGAAACCAUUAUUUACGACGUGGAUAUGCCAUAGCCUCUGCCAAUGGUUUCAUUACUUUUUCAUCUAGCUUACCUUUUGGAAUAGCUACAAAGGUGAUGGACGGCCAACCACAAGAAGAACUAGAUGGUGGAAUAAGUCCACCCUUGAAACUGCCACCAUUCAUGCAAAAUGUUCCAAUUGGCCUGACACAGGAGCAGCAGGAUAUGAGCAGGCAGGUCCUUAGUCUUUUAAGUCUUAUUGACAAAGUUCUAAAUUUCCGCUUUCUAAAGGGAAUAUACCCCCAGAGUAUGGAAAUGCAGGUUGAUAGAGCUUGGGUAAUUUGCUGCUACUUGGCUUGCCUUUUGCAUGAUCCAAUGGGAUUAUUGUAAAGUACUCAGCCGUUGCAUCGUAAGCAGUUGAAGGUUUAGUUUUUUUGUUACUCAUUUAAUUUAUUUGUAAA